UAUGCAAAUUACUAACAUAGGAGUACCAAUUCUUUGCCGAAAAUUCGGAAAUAUUAUCAACUUUUGUAAAAAAAAAGAAUUAAAAAUAAAAUUGCUGAUUAGUAACAAAAAUUAUAUUCAUUCCUCGUAAAUACAAUUAAAGUACAUUUAUGGUAACUAAACAGCAAUUGAAGCAAUACUUGUAGACGACAAAUUUGCAAUUCUGUGUUUUGUCAAUCAAGAAACAGUUGCUGCCUCGAAUUACGGGAAAAAUGAAAUAUCGUUGUGAAGCUUGCGGAACGACAUUUUCCGAACAAUCUUCACUUUGUCACUCUUGCACAAGUAAACACAAAGAUGAAAGGUGCCAAGAGACCUUUUCAAAUUUAAAAGAUUUAGAAACAUAUGUGAAAACGGCAAACAUUUCUGAAAGGCCUCCUUAUUAUUGCGAACUAUGUGAAAAAUAUUUUGUCGAAGAAAGCAAGUAUAAAUUGCAUUAUAAACUUUUACAUCUGAAAGGAAAAUAUACUUCAACACAAACUAUGCACGAACCUCAACUGCAAGCAGGACAAUCCUCAACACAAACUAUGCACGAACCUCAAGUACAAGCAGGACAAUUCUCAACACAAUCUCUGCACGAACCUCAAGUGCAAGGAGAACCAUCCGCAACACAAACCCUUUUGGAACUAGCGAUGCAAGCAGAACUUUCGUCAACUCAAACCAUGAAUAAACCAUGUAUGAACACUCAAUCAACGCAAAACUGUGUGGUACCAGUGGUGCAAAUACAAACUUGCUCAAUGCAUACCGGUUUCGAACUAGCAAGGCAAGCCAGACUUUCCUCAACACAAACCCUUUUGGAACUAGCGAUGCAAGCGGGAAGUUCUUCAACACAAACUUUAGAUGAACAACGAAUGCAAACAGGACGUUUUUCAACGCAGCAUUUGCCUACAUUCUUUGCUUUGGUCCAAUCUUCUCCAACUCAAACCAUGCAGGCAUCACGGAUGCAAGCAGAACAUUCUUUAACUCAAGCCAUGCAGGAACCAUGAACGCAAGCAGGACCUUUUUCAA